UGAUGACAAUGGUUUUGGAUUCAUCACAAGAUCCUCAUCAUCAAGUUCGUUUUGCUGCGGUGCAUGCAAUUACUACACUAAUGGAAAUGGAGGACAGUGUGUCUCGAUUACAAGUUAAAAUUCGCAAUAGGAUUCUGCUGGCACUUGUUGCAGUAAGACUGGAUACUGAAAAUCCUUACAUGCAGUUGCAAGCUGUUCGGGCAAUUUGUAAGUUCUGUCGGAGAUGCACUCCUAAUGAUUUGGCACCUUAUCUGAAUGAGACAGUGGUCACUCUAGUUGCAGUCCUGCAGACUGAGAACCAGAAAUUGCAAGAGACGUCCUUGAAAGCCCUUGCAUCAGUGGCAAGUUUGUCACAGCACUUCUUCCAGACUCAUUAUGUUGCUGCUAUGCCUCACUUGAUAUCAAAUGUAAUUAAUGCACAUAAUGUGGCGCUCCUUGCUAAGAACGCCAACUGUAUUGGGUCCAUUGCUGUAGCUGUUGGAAAGUACAUUUUCAAGGCUGAUGCUGGGGAGGUUAUUAGAGUUAUUACAUUGGCAAAACAAUCCCUGGAGGUGGCAGAUAACCAGACAAGAAUCUGCAUCUUACAAGCGUUAAAGAAAUUCUGCACAUGUCUACAGCAGGAUUUUGCUAAUUAUUUAGAAGAUUUGAUGCCUGUUUUCCUUUCAUCUGCACAAUCAGUUGGUCAAAGUGAAAACAAAGAUCUCUUGAGGGAGAAAACUAUGGCAUGCAUCCUAUUAUACACCUGCGCUUGUCAUUUGAAGGAAAAUGACAAGUUUUUUCCUUGGGUCAGAAAGGUUGCAGAAAUUUUUGUUCCACUGCUCAAUUUUCCUCUGGAGUCUGAAAUUAGAAAGGUUUCUGCUUCAGCUAUGCCAGAGCUACUGCAUUCAGUUAAAUCUCAAGGGACAAAGGCUUCUUUUCUGAUCAUGAUGAUUGUUCCUCCGUUGGUGAAUGCUUUGGGCAAAGAACGUGAGAAAGGCGUCCUUGCAAUAAUGUUUAAGUCACUAAAUAAAUGCAUACAGAUCCCUGGAUCAAUUUUCUAUACCCGGCUGUUCACGUUAAUUGUGGAUGCAAUAAAGCAAGUGUUGAUUGAACAUCCCCACAGAAAAUUGGAAUAUGAUCCUUUCGAGGAAGAUGACAAAAAGGAAGAAGAGAAAGUCAUCAUUCAAAUUGGUAAUUGUUUGGGCUCAUUGAUAGACAAAUCAAGCGAUAAAGUCUUGCCUAUCCUAGACGAAAUUUUGUCACAUGUGACACGAUUGUGGGGUGAUGGUAAUACAGAAAAAGAGAAAGCAGUCGCUUUUGGCAUUUUUAAUGUUGUUAUGCAGAAAUAUGGAGAUGAUGCCCAUAAGUACUACAGUAUCUAUCUUCCUCUGCUCUUGGAAGCUUGCGACAAUAAGAACCCGGACAUGCAACAGGAAGCUGUGUGUGGAAUUGGUAUUUGUGCCGAGUUUGGAGCAUCAAAUUUCAGAGACAGUGCAGAAGCGGCCAUUGGCUGUCUAAAUUCCGUAAUAACUAGUACAAAUGCGCUAAGCUCAGAAAAUGCAAAGGUGUACAGUGCUGCUGUUUCCGCUCUAGGGAAAAUAUGCAAGUUCCAACGCCAUUGUAUCAAAACAGCCGAGAAAAGCUUUGCACAUUGGCAGUCGCAAGGAAUUUCUACGUUCGUACAAGAAUGGCUUGUCUCUCUACAUACAACAAGAAAUGUGGUUGUCCUCGUCCUUAGAUCAGGACAUGUGAAGAAUUAGAAAGUUUACUAUUUGGCUAGUAAGCUGUUGCAACUAUUAUUUAUCUUACCCCGAAGUUGGCAAUGCUGUGCCAGGAGCAUGAUGAUAUGGUGCCGUAAGACACUUGUUAUUCCCGCCUGGUUAAGCUACUUGCCUAUAAAGAACAAUCCCAUGGAGGCUCAACUUGUGCAUGAACAACUUUGUUCAAUGGUUGAAAGGUUGGACAAGGAGAUCUUAGGCCCUCAGAAUUUGAAUCUUC